AUGUGGCUGAAAAGCCUAAACGAAUCCACCGAUCUUGUGUUCACGCAAAUCAACGCAUCACCAGUCGAUACCAACUCGCUUCAAAUGGCAUUUGAGCAACUCACCGUCGAUCUAGAAGAAGUAGAAAAUUGCCGUGUUACUUCUACUAGAAGUAAAGAUAAACCAACUUAUAAUUUCGCUGAUGCUAUGCCGUCGAUAAUUCGAGCUAAACGAGUAAUUCCAACAGUUAAACGAAUCUUGAUGGAUGCUGGACGAUCAACUGGCGAUACCAAACCGCCAAAAUCAUCUAACGAUUAUUCUCGACGCAUACCUGAAAUGGAAAUCACCCCCUUUUCCGGUGAUAUAACACUGUACUCCAGUUUCAUUAAAUCAUUCCACUUGAAAUACGACGAACUCCCGAUUCCGAAGUCAGAAAAGUUACAACAUCUAAAAAGGCACUGUUUAGGUGAACCGCUGAAAAUUAUCGAAACUCUCGACCUAACCGAUAGUAAUUAUGAUCUCGCGCUCAACAAAUUGGACAUACAAUAUCACGACAAAGAGGAAGUUAUCGGCGCACUCUACGCUAAAUUGGAAAACUUACCAAAAGCUACAAACACGAAUGCAAGUUUACGUUCAACUUACUACGACAUCGAAGGUUUGCUCACAGCUCUCGAAUCCCAUGGUCAAAAUCUCGAUCUGUUCCCACCAUUGAAAGAUAAAAUUUAUUUCAAAUAUCCGAAUUGGUUAGUUCAUCAGGUUUGCGGAAAGACCAAACCAACAAUUAAAGAUUUCCAGAGAGAAAUCGGAUUACACGUAAAACUACGUUGUGGGCUUCAGGCAGCUGCAACUGCGCAGGGUUUGUCUCCAUCAACAAAACCGCAUUCAACUACCGCAGCUUUAGUUACUUCGAACGCAACAUCGAAAGCGUACAAUAAUAAAAACGCUGAAAAAACAGAAAAACCGAAGUCGCCACCAUAUUGUGUAUAUUGUAAUCAACAGCAUUACUCGGCCGAAUGCACUGUACAUACCACAGUCACAGCACGUCGAUCUUUAUUAAAAAAUCGCUGUCAUCUUUGCCUGAAUAAAAAUCACACGAAGGCGCAAUGUAAUCGCAAUACAACGUGUUAUUAUUGCAAACAGGUGAAAAGCCAUCACUCUUCGUUGUGUCUUCGCCAGUUUCCAGAAACGCCACUCGAAAAACCUGAAAAAAAUGAUGGUUCUGGUAAUGGUAAGCCAGAAGAGAAACCUGACAACGGAACACCACACACACGAAUGAAUUCGUUUAUUCAGACACAUCAAGGUGCUCAUUGCACUGCAAUAUUAACGAUAAUAAAUCCGAAAAACAACCGUCGUUAUCAAAUUAGAACACUAUUCGAUAAUGGAAGUAAUGAAACGUAUAUUUCCGAGAAAGCUGCACGUCGCAUCGGUUUAGAAUUAUCAAAAUUCAAGUCGAUUCCAAUUAAUGUUUUCCAUCACGAAUCACCUGUUACGUUUUCGUCAGCCACCACCUCGUUUAUCGUGACAAAUAACGCCGAUUUUCAUCUUAGGCUACGGACAUACUGCUAA